GAACUUGAAAUGAGCAAAAAUUACAAAGAGCUUUCUAUUUGACAACCCCUUUCUACCCAAAAAUAAGACUAUGGUCCAUAUAGAAGAAACAGAUUACACUAGCCUCACACAUUGUCAUUUUCAACCCCCAAAAUAAAUCAUUGGAAAAAAAAAAAAGAAAAAAGAGAGAGAGAAAGCACGUAACUGUAACUCCACUACAACCACCCACACUGUCUCUAAUAUAAGCAUGUAGCAGCAGCAACUGCCUCGGUAACCAACCCAAAACAAAACUUUUUGAACCAAGAAACAGUUCCCUCCUUUCCUGAUUUCCUCUGUUCCUGUUCAUGUUUGAAAGCCAAUGGAAGAGAAGAACUACCAUUUCUCUUCUUCUUCUGCAUUGCACUUUAAAAGAUAUUUACUUUCUCUGCUCUUCUCUCUCCCCACUUCACUAUAUGCUCUCCUCCUCCUCUUUCUCUUGACCUACAAUGGUUUCACAGUGUUCUGGAUUCAUGUCCCUCUCUCUCUUCUUUCCCCUCCAACACACCACACCAAAUGGCCUCCUGCUUCUUCUUCUGUGUCCCUUGCGGUAAAAGAAGAAACUUUACCACCCAUUAACAAGACCCAUUUGGCGCUUCUCCCUCAAAACGCAAACUUUCCUCCUUUUCCCAUCACUGAAAAGCAGCAUAGAAGGUCUACAAGAGUGAAAAGGCACCACAAGCGCGGCCUCAGAAGCCUACUUCUAGAAGAGCCUCAAUUCCCAUUGUUUCGGUGCAGAAUCAAGGCCUUCUUUUACGGCAAUUCCUCUUCUUCUGGUUCUUGCAAGUUCAGGUUCUUCAUGACUUGGAUUUCACCAUUGAAGGCAUUUGGUGUAAGAGAAUUGCUUUCUGUGGAGAGCUUGUUCAAGACUCACCGUGAAGCUUGUUUGGUCAUAGUUUCAAAGUCAAUGGAUUCUGACACAGGAACUCAGAUUCUGAAUCCUUUUGUGGAAAAUGGAUUCAGGGUCACUGCCAUUGCACCUGAUUUCAAAUACAUAUUCAAGGGAACUCAUGCUGAAUCAUGGUUUCAAAAGUUAAAGGAAGGGAAUGUGAACCCCGGUGAAGUUUCCUUGGGACAAAACCUCUCCAAUUUGCUUAGGCUUGCAUUGUUGUACAAGUUUGGAGGUGCAUACAUUGAUGCUGAUGUAGUGGUCUUGAAGAGCUUCUCCAAAUUAAGGAACACAAUUGGAGCUCAGAAUCUUGAUCCAAGAACUGGUGAAUGGAGUCGUUUGAACAAUGCAGUGUUGGUAUUUGACAAGAAGCACCCUUUGCUUUUCAAGUUCAUUCAAGAAUUUGCACUCACUUUUGAUGGGAAUAAAUGGGGUCAUAAUGGUCCUUACUUGAUUUCAAGGGUGGUUUCUAGGGUGAGAAGGAACCAGCAAGAAGGGUUUGAGAAUUUCACUGUUCUGCCACCAUCUGCAUUUUAUCCUGUGGAUUGGAGAGGGAUUAGCAGUUUGUUUUUGAGGCCAAGAGAUGAGAUUCAUGGAACAUGGUUGGAGAAGAAGAAGGAGCAAAUUAGCAAAGAGAGUUUUGCUGUGCACCUAUGGAAUAGGCAUAGUAAGAAGCUUAAGGUUGUAAAGGGAAGCAUUGUUGAUAGUAUCAUCUCAAGUUGUUGCAUCUUCUGCAACAUUUAAAGUUUGUAAUUAAUUUUAGAAAGUUAGAAUGAUGAUAAAUUUUAAGUUUAAGCAGUUUUAUUCCAGCAUCAAAGGUUAGACUAGUAUUGGAUAUUUGCCAUAGGAAAAGGUACAGAUUGAUUGACAUUCCAGAAAAGAAUAUAUAGGUUUGUCUUUCUUGGUUGGGACCAUUAUAACUUA